CUAAGGUUGCCAAGUUAGGACGUUUACAAUUUUUUUAAUCAGGCCGAAUAAGAAUUCGUCUAUAUUCAUUAAAUAAAGCAUAAUUGUAACGUUAUAUCUUAACUCAAUUAGAUUCAAUUCCAAACUACUUAUCCAAUACUGAUCACGAUAUAAAUAAGGCUUACCUAUACCUUUGGCAUAUGCUAACUUUGAUUUAUUGACAUAUAUAGAUAUUUCUUUUUGUACGAGUUCUGAAAUUAUCGAGUUAAAACCUUCGCUGAUUUUACAUUAUAUUAGUGAUUGGCAAAUUCUAAGAUUAGUCAUACUUCCAAGUCUUUUUUUACAAUGUCAGUCCACGAUGAUCAAAACCUCGAGUGCCCGUUAUGCAUGGAACCUUUUGAGAUGGAUGAUUUCAACUUCUUCCCUUGCACAUGUGGUUAUCAGAUCUGCAGAUUUUGUUGGCACCGUAUUCGAACAGAUGAAAAUGGAUUGUGCCCCGCAUGUAGAAAGCAAUAUCCUGAAGAUCCUGCAGACUUUAAACCACUCACAGUAGAAGAGUGGCAAAAAAUAAAAAAUGAAAAACGACAGAAAGACCAACUGAAAAAACAAAAAAUGUCUGAAAGCAGGAAGCAUUUAGCUAAUGUUAGAGUUGUACAAAAAAAUCUAGUUUUUGUUGUUGGCUUACCAGCCAGAUUAGCUGAUCCAGAAGUCUUAAAAAAAUUCGAUUAUUUUGGAAAAUUUGGCAAGAUUCACAAAGUGGUUGUGAAUCAAAGUACAACGUAUGCUGGUUCCCAGGUAACUGGCCCAAGUGCUAGUGCUUAUGUAACAUAUUGUAGGCCAGAAGAUGCUCUGAGAGCUAUUAAGUCUGUAAAUAAUAUUCAGGUUGAUGGAAGAACGUUAAAAGCCUCUCUGGGGACCACUAAAUAUUGUAGUCAUUUUUUGAAAAAUCAACAAUGUCCGAAAACAGAUUGCAUGUAUUUACAUGAACUUGGUGAUGAAGCUGCUAGUUUUACAAAAGAAGAUAUGCAACAGGGUAAACAUCAAGAAUACGAAAAGAAAUUACAAGAUCAAAUACUAGGUUCCAAUAAUAGAAAGCAAACAGUAUCUCCAACACCACAAAUUUCCACAAGUUCUGCUAAAGAAUCUUGGCCAUGUACAGUACAGAAUGUUAAAGAAUCUCGAACAAGAACAAAAGAUUCAUCACAAAGUCAAAAAACAGAAGGCAAAAGCAACCGUUUUAAAAAUAAACACACGUCAGAAGGACAAAAAAGCAAAAAAGGCAAAAGUAAAUCUUCAGAAUCUGUCCAAAGUGUGUCAAAAACUUCUACUAAAGAUGAAAGUUCAGCACAAAGGAAAAGUCAAAAGAAUAAACACAAAGAGUCAACUUCUGCACAAUCUUCUGGUCAUUCCCCUGUGAAGCGACUGGAAAGGGGGAGUUCUCCGUGUGAAAGAACCUCAGAUGUUUCAGAUAUGAACCAUAAAAAUGCACAAACCACUUUUGUUCAUAUAACAGACCAAUCAAAACCAGUCUCUGCAAGCAUCAAAAUAGCUCGCAGCGAAAGUCCAGUAUUGCCACCUUCGCCCAUAUCUUCUUCAAGUUCCUCUCUCUUCACACCUUUUGGGAGCUUAUCCAGCAACUUCUUAUCCUCCUCGUCUCCCUCACCUCCUCCUAGCAAUAGCAAUCCACUUUCUUUCGGCAAUAUGGGUGGAAGUUCUCCAAACCUGCAGGAAGAUAGUUCUCCCAAUGAAACAUAUGCUGCCCCAUCUAUGAUUGAAACCAAGAGCCAAUCUCCUAAUCAUCUCUUUAGCAACAAUAUAGAAAAUGAGUCUCUUUUUAGUCAUAUGAACUACCUACCUGCUUCAACAGAAUGCAAUUCUUAUAAUAGCCAUCUGCACAGUGAAGAACCUUCUAACACAGAUAACUCAGAUUGGAAUUCAACAUACUCCUAUGAAGAAUCCCAAAAACAACUGCCUGAGGAUGAUUUAGAUUUUGAUCCUUGGAACGAAUCUUCUAAAGGUCUAGCUGAUUUGAUGGCCAAAGAAGCUGUACAUAAUCCCCCCACAUAUUCAGAAAUGCAAACGCCCCCAGGAUUUUUCCAACCCAUUAAAACACCGGUGCCAAACCAACAAAGAAUAUCUGUUCCACCUCCUGGCUUCUGUUCCAGGCAAGUUCCUCAAACAAAUACCCUCAACCACAUGGCUGGAAUGUAUGGUCCUUCAAACACAGAUUUUAUUCCUUGCAAGCUACCAACUAGACAAACUUUAAAUGGUUGCUCCCAUUAUUAUCAGCAAGAUCAAUCACAAAACCCUCUUAAUAUUUCAAACCAAUUCAAGCAGCAAUAUCCACCACAAAUUUCACGCGAAAGCUUAAUGGAAAAUAUACGAAAGAAAAGUUUCGAAGAACGCUUUCGAAGCAUACUUCCAGAAAUGGUUUAUAAUUUAAAUUCUAGAAAUAUGCAAAAAAGUCAUAAUCAAAAUGGGCCAACUUGGAACAAUCAAGGAAGGGAAUUUCCAUGGCUGUCUAACGAGGGUCCGCUUUUAAAUUCUGCUGACAGAAGCAAUGCUCAACUCUGGAUGAAAGCUCUACAACAAUUAACACUUGAAGAAAACACUAAUCAAUUUAAUGGUCAUUCUUCUUACGUUAACCCUUUUGCUCUCAGAGGCCAAUGGCCAACAGCUCAGUGCCCUCCUCCUGGUUUUGUUGCACCUAAUAGGUCCCCAGUCAACACCCCCUUCCAGCACAUGCAAGUUAAUCAGAAAAUAUGAGGGCCCGCAAACUCUCAAAAAGACUACUUGAAACUGGUGAAGAUUUUGGAAAAUGUCAUUAUUUACAAAAACGCUUGUUAAACAUUAGUGCGAUAGUUCAUUUUCCCUUAUAAAUUUGCUCUAAUAUAUACAAAUAAUUAUAUAAACAAAUAUAUAUAUAUAUAUGUACACAAAAAAAAAUUAUUAGACUCUUUUUUCCUUCAUCUUUGUCUUCUGGAUUUCUGGGAAUUAAAUGUUCAUUUUCUUUUUUUCCCUCCUUGGAAAAUCCUCUGUCAGCACCAAGGUUUCUCACUGAGAAAAAAAAAUGUAUUUAUGUGAUAUAGGAGCAUGUAAUAAAGUUUGAUGGAGUUUAGCUAUAUUUUUUUCAAAUUAUUGUCUUUUUCUGUUAUAUGAAAUCAUAAUAAAAAUAUUUGAGCUAA